AUGAGCGUUCCUAAGUACUAUACUAUGGUCAAUGGGAUUAAAAUCCCAAGUUUGGCUCUAGGUUGUUAUGAUAUCCCUCGUAGUCAGACUGCAAAUGUGGUUUAUGAAGCAUUGAAACGCGGCUAUAGACAUUUUGACACUGCCGUAUUGUACGGUAAUGAAAAGGAGGUCGGCGAAGGUAUCUACAAGUGGUUAAAGGAAGACCCCGCUAACAAUAAAAGAGAGGACGUCUUCUAUACUACUAAAUUGUGGAACUCUCAAAAUGGUUACUCUCCAGCAAAGAGAGGUAUCUCUGAAUGUAUGAACAAGGUGAAAGAGCUUGGUUACAUUGACCUACUGUUGAUCCAUUCCCCUCUAAGCGGACCAAGAAGAAGGUUGGAGACUUACCAAGCUAUGCAAGAGGCGGUUGAUGAUGGCAUUGUGAAGUCUAUUGGUGUUUCUAACUACGGUAAGCAACACAUCGAAGAAUUGUACAAAUGGGACAAAUUGAAGCACAAGCCAGUGGCAAACCAGAUUGAAAUUUCACCAUGGUGCAUGAGAGAAGACCUGACCUCAUGGUGCCAAUCCAAGGGGCUCAUAGUGGAGGCAUUCUCACCUCUAACCCACGGUUACAAGUUGAAAGAGCCUGGUUUGGUAUCCCUUGCUAAGAAGCUUGGUAGGGAUACAGGCCAAGUUUUGAUCAGAUGGUCAUUGCAAAGAGGAUUACUACCAUUGCCAAAGACCCAAAAUCCUGCCAGAUUAUCCUCUAAUUUAGAGGUUUACGACUUUGAAUUGACGCCCGAAGAUGUUAAGGAAUUGGACCAUCCUGAAGCUUACGAACCAACUGACUGGGAAUGCACUGAUGCCCCAUAA